AGUUUUACCUUUUCAAUAGGAAUCACAUUGGACGAUGACUACUUCACCCUUGACCACGACUGGUCAUUGUUAACUUUCCUACUGUAUCGACAACAGUGUGAUGAUUUCUUUGCUGAUAAAUGUAAUGAACAUAAACGAUACAUUUACAAUCUCUCAGCCAUAAUUAAUAGUGAAGAUUCACCCGAGAUUGCAGUUGAACGAGCUAGCAAGUCAAUUACGUCAAUGCGAAAAGAAAAAAAAUUGGACUUAGUCAACAAUUUCUGGAAAAGUGCCACCUCAGCACGAAAACAGAAAAUUGAGGCUUUGUGUGAACGCUCAGCUUUAGUUGAGGAACUUACUACUUAUGCUAGUACAGAUAACCAUCGUAAGUUAAAACGUCCACGCGGAAUAAAUGAAGAUGAAACCGAACCAGAAACUUCAGACACGGUGGAAGAUGAUAGUGAUUCAUGGAUUCCAUCUGAUCUCUUAGAUGAUGUACCCCAUAAUGGCUUCUGGAAUGGAAACCAUCUUAUUCUUGAUAGAGACGAUGCUUGGCUUUUAAAUGGUUACAUGGAAGUGGAAGACUUCGAAGAAUUUGUUAUGUUCACAGUGUUGUAG